CACCUGGUGAUCCGCGUGACAUGGAUGUGUCCCAGGGUGAGGACAGGCACAGUCGGGAUGCGUUCUGAUGUCAGGUGGAGAAGAGGAGUUGCCGGGGGUGUCUCUUAGUGAGCCAUUCACAUUGGGCUUUCAAUCCAUAAAUCUAUCUUCAAACAUCAUAAAAUAACUUUCCUGUCCUGCCUCCUCUAUCGGUUCUCUCACUCUGUUUUUCAUCACCUCGAAGUACAACCUACCAACAGAAGCCAUGUCAGAAGGACCGAAAAAGUCAAAGUACUCGGCAACGCGCCGGUUACUUCUAAAGACCAAACUACUGAAAAAGGCAGGGAUUAUGCUAGUGGAAGAAUUGGCUGAAAAGAAACGUGAAAGAGACAGCAUCUUGAAUGAAAGAGUCCCACCCCUCCAAAUUACUGGCUUGUCUGCGCAAGAGCUACAGAACCUUUGCAAAGACCUGCACAAAAAGAUAGAUAUCGUAGAUGAGGCACGUUAUGACUUGCAAAUCAAAGUGGAGAAAAAUGAUUUGGAGAUCAAGACACUGGGUCAGAAAAUCAGGGAGAUGAAAGGUACAAAGAAACCCACCCUGAAGAGGGUGAAGAAGUCCGCGACAGACUCCAUGUUGGGAGCUGCGGUCGACAUUAGCAAAGUGAAGGCCGACUUCACAUCUGGCCUCAAGAAGGUCAAGAAGGAAGAGGAGAAGGAGGAGGUGACUGACUGGCGUAAGAAUGUGGAUGCCAUGUCCGGCAUGGAGGGAAGAAAGAAGCUGUUCGACGGUCGGAAAUAAAAAGGCAUCAACAAUGAUUAGUAACAUCUGAGAUUCGCCCAUUAGCCUUUAGGACACUGGAAAAUGACUUGUGCACUUAUUAGGCAGUCGAAGAGUGCUUAAAUACAAACGCUGUCCCUCGGCUCCCCAUCACAGGCUUACUGGUCAUGUUAUUGUAGGUUUGAGUUCGGAGAGAGACACGCCAUGAUCACACUGCACUAUACAGAGACAGGAACACCAAAGUCAACUGUGUUCAUCUUAACACGUGUCCCCUAAGAGGGAUGUCAGAUAGUUUGCUGUGGUGGUGAAUAUUGUAGGGAAUGUUGUUCCGUUUAAAUAACCUGUUGGAUAGAACUACAUACUUACAAGGUGUUGGUAGUACUGUAGUUUUAAAGUAUUUCUGGAUAGAUAUCUGUCAAUGUCAUCUGAAUGUACAGUAGCUAUUUCAGUUAGCCAGAAUAAUUAUAUAAUGAACUUUACGGUAUCUAAACAUCUUUAUGUUGCUAUUUUAAGAAGCCAGUGUCACAUAAUUGGUGUACAGACGCCUACAUGUGAUAAUUUGAUUUUAAAUAUUUUAUUAUUUAAUAUGAGUGUAUGC